GGCAGCAGCUAGCAGCCAGAUUUGCAAAAACUAAUAGGAGUGAACAGACACAUUAAUAGACACUUGUAGACACUGAAAGGAUGAACGGUCUUGCACUGUCCCAGAGCUGUGAACUUUCAUUGCCUGGCUGCACAGAUGGAGGGGCGCUAUUCAUCACCAAGGCCCCCCAAGUCUGUGGGGUCAGAGUUCAACUUGAGAUGCAGGCACUGUGGCGGCAGUUUGACCAGCUGGGCACAGAAAUGAUAGUUACAAAAUCUGGAAGGAGGAUGUUUCCAACAUUUCAGGUGAGAAUCUCUGGAAUGGAUCCUUCAGCCGAGUAUGUUCUGCUCAUGGACUUCAUCCCUGUUGAUGACAAGAGAUACAGAUAUGCGUUCCACAACUCCUCAUGGUUGGUAGCAGGGCGAGCGGAUGUUGCAGCCCCAAGCAGGAUGCAUUUCCACCCAGACUCACCGGCCCCUGGAGCCCAGUGGAUGAAGCAGACAGUGUCGUUUGACACUCUCAAGCUCACCAACAACCUGCUGGAUGACAAUGGACAUAUGAUUCUGAACUCCAUGCACCGUUACCAGCCACGCUUCCAUGUAGUGUAUGUGGACCCAGCACCCAACAGCCAUUUAAACGCCUACAAGAACUUUUGCUCUUUCUCCUUCCCUGAGACACGGUUCAUGGCCGUCACCGCCUAUCAGAACCACAGGAUAACUCAGUUGAAAAUUGCAAGCAACCCAUUUGCUAAAGGUUUCAGGACCACAGACCCACAGGCAUGUCUCCCAUGUCAGGGAGGGGAUUGCUUCAGAUACAGUAGACUGAUCACAAAUGCGUGUAAAGGCACGUAUACAGCUUUCUAGAAAUGACUGAGUAAUUGCAUGUAACAACUGUGUUCUUACAUUUGCAUGCAGGGAAGGUGCCGCAAGCUCCCUUCCAGUAUCCUGUCCACCAGAUGGCGGUACAGAGCCCCUCACCACUAAACCUAAAGAUCAGAGUCGUUCAAAGUCUUCAGCCAGUGAGUAUUUUACAACAUAUUACUUUUCAGCUCAGUGCAGAGUUUAAUUGUUUAAAGUUGUAUGAUUCAUCCAGCAGUACUAAGACUCUUAGUUAUAAUUUAUUAGUCCCAUUGUAUUUGCACAACUUUACUGAUUUUGAAUAACAUCUUGUCUGUUGGAGUUUAUAGUCUCUCUUUUUGAUUCUCAAAUGAACACGUGAAUUUUGUACGUUUUGUACAUUUUUAAAUUUACCUCCUCAGUUGCACAUUCCUUUGGACCAGAGUAUUUUAUUUUUUUUAUAACUCCAUGGAAUUUAAGUUGAAAUUUUCUCCUUAAGUUACAGUAUUUUUUCUCCUUAAUUGGUUUUAUAUAUUGCAUAUUUCUAUCUUUGAGUGAAUCUACUUGCUUUGAUUGCCUGCGGCAAUUUCUGCGCUUCUGCUGCACAGAAAUUUCCCCGCUGUGGGACAAUAAAGCAUAUUUCUAUUCUGCAUUGCAAUGUUAUAAAGCCGUGUUAAUAAAUGUCUGUUUGCUCAAGAAUUGUAAUUACAAAAUAUGGAGCAACUAAAUUAAACUAUUUAAGCAUUUUUCUCUUCAUUUACAGGACAGACAAGUUCAUCCUCUGUGCUGCUGCAGGAGUGUGAGCUGCCUUACCAAAAAG